UCAGGUAUCUGCCUAAACUGGAAGUUAUACUGUAGAGAUUUCUUUGUGGAUUUGUCUGAAAACCUAAGGAAAAGAAUAUUUGAGGUCCAUUCCUCAGGAAAGAAAAGGAAGCAAUGACAUAAGGCCUAGAGUUGGUGCCAGUUAACCUGGAUUGAUCACACUUACAAGAGCUGCUAUGAAACAUAGGGGAGGUGAAAACUAACAGAUGAAAGUUUUGCCAUGCACUGAAAGGAAAGCGUUGUCUGUGAAGUUCUAUUUUUAAAAAUGUCUGCUUGUAAUACCUUUACUGAACACGUUUGGAAACCUGGUGAAUGCAAGAACUGCUUUAAACCUAAAAGCUUACAUCAGCUCCCCCCAGACCCUGAGAAGACACCCAUCACCCAUGGCAAUAAAACUAAUGCCAAUCAGAGUAACAACCACCGAAUCAGGAACACGGGAAAUUUCCGGCCUCCUGUGGCUAAAAAACCCACUAUAGCUGUGAAGCCCACUAUGAUGGUGGCAGAUGGGCAAAGUAUGUGUGGUGAGCUUAGUAUCCAAGAACACUGUGAGAACAAACCUGUCAUCAUAGGAUGGAACCGAAACAGGAUGGCCUUGAAUCAGAAACCACUUAAUAAUAAUAAUGAAGAUGAUAUUGCAGGAUUUAGCCAUGUUCCUAAGCCUUAUGGGAAUAAUGAUAGUGCAAAGAAGAUAUCAAAUAACAAUAGUGGACUAACUGAGGUGUUAAAGGAGAUAGCAGGCUUGGAUACCACCCCUCAAAUAAAAGGAAAUGAAACCAACUCCAGAGAAACAUUCUUAGGAAGAAUAAAUGAUUGCUAUAAACGAUCACUGGAAAGAAAGCUUCCACCAAGUUGCAUGAUGGGCGGAAUAAAGGAUACUCAGGGCAAGCAUGUUAUUCUGAGUGGGAGCACAGAAGUGAUCAGUAAUGAAGGGGGUCGAUUCUGUUACCCAGAGUUUUCUAGUGGCGAAGAGAGUGAGGAAGAUGUGCUUUUGAGUAACAUGGAGGAGGAGCACGAGAGCUGGGAUGAGAGUGAUGAGGAACUGCUGGCCAUGGAGAUUCGCAUGAGAGGGCAACCUCGCUUUGCCAACUUUAGGGCAAACACUUUGUCUCCUGUUCGAUUCUUUGUGGACAAAAAAUGGAAUACUGUUCCCCUGCGAAAUAAAUCUCUGCAAAGAAUCUGUGCUGUAGACUAUGAUGACAGUUAUGAUGAAAUCCUGAAUGGUUAUGAAGAGAAUUCUGUGGUCUCCUAUGGACCAGGAAGCGUUCAGAGCAUAGUGUCAUCUGACUCCACAUCCCCAGAUUCCUCUUUAACAGAAGAAUCACGUUCUGAGACAGCCAGUAGUUUAUCCCAGAAGAUUUGUAAUGUGGGAAUAGCUCCUGGUAACCCGGGAGAUUCUAAGGACAUGAAGGAAAGUGAGCCCAAUUAUGAAAGCCUCUCUGGUAAUAAUCAGGAGAAGGACUCAGCACAAGCAUCCAAAAGCUCAAUAAAAGUUCCAGAGACGCACAAAGCAGUCCUUGCUCUCCGAUUAGAAGAGAAGGAUGGCAAGAUUGCCGUACAAACUGAGAAGCAAGAAAGUAAAGCCCCUACAGAUACUACUGGGCAGGCAGUAACAAUAAACCUCGUUCCUGUAGAAGAGCAAGCAAAGCCCUACCGAGUUGUGAAUCUGGAACAGCCUUUGUGCAAGCCAUAUACUGUCGUGGAUGUGUCAGCUGCCAUGGCCAGUGAGCAUCUCGAGGGCCCUAUUAACAGUCCCAAGACGAAAAGCUCAUCUUCUACUCCAAACUCUCCAGUGACAUCACCCACACUGACAUCAGGACAAAUAAGUGCCCAUUUCCAAAAAUCCAGUGCGAUCCGCUACCAGGAAGUAUGGACUUCCAGUACCAGUCCACGACAAAAGAUACCUAAGGUGGAAUUAAUUAGCGGUGGGACCGGACCAAACGUCCCUCCAAGGAAAAACUGUCACAAAUCAGCCCCUACUUCACCCACAGCUACAAACAGUUCCUCCAAAACCAUCCCUGUUAAGUCACCUAAUCUGUCUGAAAUAAAAUUUAAUAGUUAUAACAAUGCCGGUAUGCCACCUUUUCCAAUUAUCAUUCAUGAUGAGCCAACUUAUGCUCGGAGUUCCAAAAAUGCUAUCAAAGUUCCCAUUGUAAUCAAUCCAAAUGCAUAUGACAAUCUAGCCAUUUACAAAAGUUUUCUCGGAACAAGUGGAGAACUUUCAGUGAAGGAAAAAACCACAAGUGUGAUAAGCCAUACUUAUGAAGAAAUAGAAACUGAAAGCAAAGUGUCUGAUAACACCACUAGCAAAGCCACUGAAUGUCCCCAAGCUAAAGGGUUUUUAAACAGCACAGAGCGUAAAAGGGGUUCAGUGGCUCAGAAGGUUCAGGAGUUUAACAGCUGUCUUAACAGAGGUCAGUCCUCACCACAGAGGAGCUACAGUUCCAGCCACAGCUCCCCAACAAAGCUCCAGAGAACCACUCAAGAACCUGUGGCCAAAACAGAAAGCACUCAGGAGUCUCCGAUAGUGAGCAGCAGCAGCGCCAGGGAGAAGGCAAGCACUGUGCUUUCUCAGAUCGUGGCAUCUAUCCAGCCCCCACAGUCUCCUCCAGAAAUGCCCCAGUCUGGCCCUAAAGCUUGCAGUGUGGAAGAGCUUUAUGCCAUUCCUCCCGAUGCCAGUGCUGCUAAGAGUACGCCUAAGAGUACACCAGUCCGGCCCAAGUCUCUCUUCACAUCCCAGGCCAGUGGUGAGGCUGAAGCACCUCAGACCACAGAAAGUCCUACCACCAAAGUACAGAAAGAUCCACUCACAAAGCCAGUCACCACCCCUCCCUCCAAAUUAGUGACUAACCCCCAAAGUGAGCCGCCACCCCCCUUUCCCCCACCACGCUCGACUUCCUCCCCUUACCAUGCAAGUAACCUUUUGCAGAGGCAUUUCACCAACUGGACCAAGCCAACUAGCCCUACCAGGUCAACGGAAGCUGAAUCAGUUUUGCACUCUGAAGGCAGCAGGCGGGCCGCUGAUGCAAAACCUAAACGCUGGAUAUCAUUUAAAAGUUUCUUCCGCCGUCGGAAAACAGAUGAAGAGGACGACAAAGAAAAAGACCGAGAGAAAGGGAAACUGGUGGGCCUGGAUGGCACAGUCAUCCACAUGCUGCCCCCUCCUCCAGUUCAGCGCCAUCACUGGUUCACAGAGGCAAAAGGAGAGUCCAGCGAGAAGCCAGCCAUCGUCUUCAUGUACAGGUGUGACCCUGCCCAAGGCCAGCUCAGUGUGGAUCAGGGCAAAGCCAGGGCAGAGCAGUCAGCAGUCACAGAGAAGGGCAGAGCAGAGGAUGGGUUACUACAGGACUCAAAGAAGAAAAGGAGUCAUUCUUCUCCAUCACAGAUUCCUAAGAAAAUUCUCAGUCACGUGACCCAUGAAGUGACAGAGGAUUUUUCUCCUCGGAAUCCAAGCACUGUUGUGAAGCAAGAUGAUGGGGGCUGUACUUCCGUCACAUCGGCAUUGCCGCUGCCUGAACUGGAAAGGGAAGAGGAAAAGGGAGACAUUUCAGGUCCUAUGGACCCGAAUCCCUGUAGUGCAACAUACAGCAACUUAGGGCAAUCUAGAGCAGCCAUGAUACCUCCCAAGCAUCCACGGCAGCCUAAGGGAGCUUUGGAUGAUGCCAUUGCCUUUGGUGCGAAAACAGACCAAGAAGCACCUAAUGCUUCUCAACCUACACCACCCCCACUGCCAAAGAAAAUGAUCAUAAGAGCCAAUACAGAGCCAAUCUCCAAAGACCUCCAAAAAUCCCUGGAAACUACUCUUUGUGUCAUGGCUAAUCCCACCUAUGAUAUCGACCCCAACUGGGAUGCCAGUAGUGCUGGCUCUUCAAUCAGUUAUGAACUCAAGGGACUGGACAUUGAGUCUUAUGACUCCUUGGAGAGACCUUUGCACAAGGAGAGACCUGUGCCCUCAGCAGCAAACAGCAUCUCCAGCUUAACCACUCUCAGUAUUAAGGAUAGAUUUUCCAAUAGCACAGAGUCCCUGUCCAGCCGGCGUGGUCCCUCUUGUAGACAGGGCCGGAGUAUCCAGAAGCCACAGAGACAAGCACUUUAUCGAGGACUUGAGAAUCGUGAAGAAGUGGUGGGUAAAAUCCGAAGCCUUCAUACAGAUGCCUUGAAGAAACUGGCUAUUAAAUGUGAAGACCUCUUCAUGGCUGGACAGAAAGACCAGCUCCGUUUUGGGGUGGACAGCUGGUCAGACUUCAGGCUAACCAGUGACAAGCCAUGUUGUGAGGCAGGCGAUGCAGUUUACUACACAGCUUCAUAUGCAAAAGAUCCACUUAAUAACUAUGCAGUCAAGAUCUGUAAGAGCAAAGCUAAAGAAUCGCAGCAGUAUUAUCACAGCUUGGCUGUCCGGCAGAGUCUGGCUGUCCAUUUUAACAUCCAGCAGGACUGUGGUCACUUCCUUGCUGAAGUUCCUAAACGUCUGCUUCCCUGGGAGGACCCUGAUGCCCUGGAAGAGGAAGAGGAUGAAAUGGAAGCGACGGAAGAGGUGAAAGGAGGAACUGAUGGAAAAAGCCCAGAGCCCGGCUCUGAAGCAGAGUCAUCCCACAAAGAAAGCCAGGCAGUCGUUAGCAGGAAGCAGAGAAGCCACGUCGUGGUCAUCACCAGAGAGGUUCCCUGUCUCACCGUGGCCGACUUUGUGCGAGACUCUCUAGCGCAGCAUGGGAAAAGCCCUGACGUGUAUGAGAGGCAAGUGUGUCUGCUGCUCUUACAGCUGUGCUCUGGCCUGGAGCAUCUCAAACCCUACCAUGUCACUCACUGCGAUCUGCGUCUGGAGAACCUGCUGCUUGUCCACUACCAGCCCGGAGGACCCGCCCAGGGCCUUGGGCCUGCGGAGCCCGGCCCCACCUCUUCUUGUCCCACGAGGCUCAUAGUAAGCAACUUCUCUCAAGCCAAGCAGAAGAGCCAUCUGGUAGACCCUGAGAUCCUCCGGGACCAGUCCCGCCUCGCCCCAGAGAUCAUCACAGCCACCCAGUAUAAAAAGUGUGAUGAGUUCCAGACAGGCAUCCUCAUCUAUGAGAUGCUGCACCUGCCCAACCCCUUCGAUGAGAACCCAGAGCUGAAGGAGAAGGAAUACACUCGAGCAGACCUGCCUCGCAUCCCACUCCGCUCCCCCUAUUCCCGGGGCCUGCAGCAGCUGGCCAGCUGCCUCCUGAACCCCAACCCUUCUGAGCGACUCCUCAUUUCAGGCGCCAAAGGCAUCCUCCAGUGUCUGCUCUGGGGCCCCCGGGAAGGCCUCUUCCAGACUUUCACUGCCUCCCCCAGCCCAGUGCAGAGGAAUGCCCUGCUCCAAAACUGGCUAGACAUCAAGCGAACACUGCUCAUGAUCAAGUUUGCUGAGAAGUCCCUGGACAGGGAAGGUGGCGUCAGCCUGGAGGACUGGCUUUGUGCUCAGUAUUUGGCUUUUGCUACUCCAGACUCCCUCAGCUGCGUCGUGAAAAUCCUGCAGCCCCGUUAA